UACAUGUAUAUACUAUAAUACUAUAAUACAUGUAUAUACUAUAAUACUAUAAUACAUGUAUAUACUAUAAUACAGACAUUUAGUGUAUUUUGUCCUGUUAUUGUCGGUGUCCAUACAUCUUCUUAUCCACAUAGACACCUACAGUCACCGUCCUCUGACAUCAUUUAUCUCUACACUGAGCAGAUGAGCCUAGAGCAGCAGCCCCUGAUCAUGUGACUCCUCCUCCUCCUCCAUGUGACUGAUCACCUGACUGUGACAUCAUCGCAGGUCCUGUUAGUACACUUCCUGAGUUGCUCUUCAGGUGAAGCUUAUGAAUCAGAAAUAAAAUAUGAAGAAUAUUAAUGCUCCAGAGACAGAUGUGAGCGGUGAUGACCAGUAUAAGGAGGACAUCCCUACAAGGAAAGACUUGAUCUAUAUUAAUGAUCCAGAUAUAAAGGAAAAAGAAGAGACAGAUGUGAGUGGUGAUGAGCAGUAUAAGGAGGACAUUCCUACAGGGAAAGAUCUGAUCUAUACUAAUACUACAGACAUUAAGGAGGAUGAAGAGACAGAUGUGAGCGGCGAUGAGCAGUACACUGAGGACAUUCCUACAGUGAAAAAUCUGAUCUAUAUUAAUGCUACAGACAUAAAAGAAGAAAAGGAGACAGAUGUGAGUGGUCAUGAGCAGUAUAAGGAGGACAUUCCUACAGGGAAAGAUCUAAUCUAUACUAAUACUACAGACAUAAAGGAAGAAGAUGAGGAGACAGGUGUGAGCAGUGAUGAGCAGUAUAAGGAAGAAAUUCCUACAGGGAAAGAUCUGAUCUAUACUAAUACUACAGACAUAAAGGAAGAAGAAGAAGAGACAGAUGUUAGCGGUGAUGAGCAGUAUAUUAAUACUACAGACAUAAAGAAAGAAGAGACAGAUGUUAUCGGUGAUGAGCAGUAUAUCGAGGACAUUCCUAUAGGGAAAGAUCUGAUCUAUACUAAUACUACAGAGAUAAAGGAAGAAGAAGAAGAGACAGAUGUGAGCAGUGAUGAGCAGUAUAAGGAGGACAUUCCUACAGGUAAAGAUCUGAUCUAUGCUAAUACUACAGACAUAAAGGAAGAAGAAGAGGAGACAGAUGUGAGCGAUGAUGAUCAGUAUGAGGACAUUCCUAAAGGUAACCAUCCAGAUAACUGUACCGGGAGAUCAGAGGAGAAUCUUAUAUCUUCAGAUUAUAAAGCAGAUGAUGAUAUCACACAAGAUACAUAUGAAGAACAUUCCAUUAUCCCAGAUACACCCUCAGCCCUUCACAGCCAAGAUCUGCCAUCUCAUCCUUUAAAAACAGUCCUAUCAUCUGAUGUAUCACAGCAAAAUAUGAGGAAGCCAGUUUCAUGUUCAGAAUGUGGAAAAUGUUUUUCUAAAAAAUCAAAUCUUUUUCAACAUAAAAAAAUUCACACAGGAGAGAAGCCAUUUUCAUGUUCACAAUGUGAAAAAAGUUUUUCUUAUGAAUCAAAACUUAUUCAUCAUCAAAAAAUUCACACAGGGGAGAAGCCAUUUUCAUGUUCACAAUGUGAAAAAGGUUUUUAUCAGAAAUCAGAUCUUGUUAGACAUCAAAGAACUCACACAGGCGAGAAACCAUUUUCAUGUUUAGAAUGUGGGAAAUGUUUUAUUCUAAAAUCACAUCUUGUUCAACAUCAAAAAAUUCACACAGGAGAGAAGCCAUUUUUGUGUCCGGAAUGUGGUAAAUAUUUUGCUCAGAAAUCAGAACUUAAUAGACAUCUAAGAAUUCAUGCAGGAAAGAAGCCAUUUGCAUGUUCAGAAUGUGGGAAAUGUUUUACUCUAAAAUCAUAUCUUGUUCAACAUAAAAAAAUUCACACAGGAGAGAAGACAUUUUUGUGUCCGGAAUGUGGUAAAUAUUUUGCUCAGAAAUCAGAACUUAAUAGACAUCUAAUAAUUCACACAGGAAAGAAGCCAUUUUCAUGUUCAGAAUGUGGAAAAUGUUUUUCUAAUAAAUCAAAUAUUAUUCAACAUCAAAAAAUUCACACAGGAGAGAAGCCAUUUUCAUGUUCAGAAUGUGGAAAAUGUUUUUCUAAUAAAUCAAAUAUUAUUCAACAUCAAAAAAUUCACACAGGAGAGAAGCCAUUUUCAUGUUCAGAAUGUGAAAAAUGUUUUGCUACUAAAUCACUUCUUGUUAUACAUCAAAGAAGUCACACAGGAGAGAAGCCAUUUUUAUGUUCAAAAUGUGGGAAAUGUUUUACUGACAAAUCAAAUCUUGUUCAACAUCAGAAAAUUCAUACAGGAAAGAAGCCAUUUUCAUGUACAGAAUGUGAAAAAAGUUUUUCUUAUGAAUCAAAACUUAUUCAACAUCAAAAAAUUCACACAGGGGAGAAGCCAUUUUCAUGUUCAGAAUGUGAAAAAUGUUUUACUCAGAAAUCUGAUCUUGUUAGACAUCAAAGAACUCACACAGGCGAGAAACCAUUUUCAUGUUUAGAAUGUGGGAAAUGUUUUAGUCUAAAAUCACAUCUUGUUCAACAUCAAAAAAUUCACACAGGAGAGAAGUCAUUUUUGUGUCCGGAAUGUGGUAAAUAUUUUGCUCAGAAAUUAGAACUUAAUAGACAUCUAAUAAUUCACACAGGAAAGAAGACAAUUCAGAGCAAUAAAUGAUGCAGAUAAGACAUCUAUAUAUUAACCAUGUACAUAGGAUAUCUGACAUUUAUACAUAUAUCAUAUACUGCAUCUCCAAACUUGUUCCCAAUUGUUAAUAAAAGUUUUCUUUUAGAACGUAGUCACCGAUCCAGCGAUGUCAUCACUAUAGUUUACAUGGUAGGAAAAGAGUGUGAUAUAUGGUUGUGAUAUUCACUGCUCCUCAUGGAGAAGACCCAACAGGUAUAAUCCAUGGGGAGCUGCUACUGGAGACCCAAACACCUCAGAGAGAAGGGACUUAUUCCAGUGAUGAAGAAUUCCAGGACAUGACCAGAUUAGAGACACAAAAUCACUUCUAUCUUCUGGCUUCUAGGACAUUAUUCUGAUGGAAGAACUUUACACAUUAUAAAAAGUCCUAUAGGUGUUGGGGAACAUUUAUAGACAAUUGUUGGCCCCGGCUGUCAUGGCGUACCAUAGAAGAUGAAUUAAUAUCGCUCCAUAGUGUAUAAUAUCCAAGACAGAAUAAAUACAACAUCUCUUACCACAGGUCGUUCUGCACCGUACACCACAAUGGUGAGAUUGUCAGCGUCCCUUGAGAAAGUCCAUCAAGCAGACGAAACGUACGUUGGAGCGGGGGUGACAGGACCCUACUAUGGGCAAGUGUAACAGUGCAUGGUAUACGGUACACUAACUGUACAAGGAGUGGUACAUGUUCAGUCAGCACUGUUAGGCUGCACAGUAGUGGAGGAUAAGGCCCGGGCCCCCUAUAGGCCCAUUAUAUGAAGUCAGACCUACAUAUCACUUCUUACUCUAUAUUUAAGUUUUCACUGUUUAGUAAUAGUAUAUUACAAGUGUAACCUGUCCCAUCUUCUUUUUGGAUUAAAUAGUCUAAAUAUCUACCUCACUUUGUAUUACUUUAUGACGUUUUUUCACAUGUAUUUGGUGUUAAUAGAUUGAUUAAUAAAAUAUAAUUAUCAGUA